UCAAGAAUUGCAAAUGGACUAUUAGAUAUCCAUAAUGCUGGAAAAAUUCAUAAAGACUUUCAUUUAGGUAAUAUAUUGCAUGGUAGAAAUAUAUAUAUAAGUGAUUUAGGAAUGUGUCAAUCAGCAAAUAAUGAAGAUAAAGAAGAAGGAGUUUGUGGAGUAUUACCUUAUAUGGCACCAGAAGUUUUACGCGGAUUUCAAUAUACAAAAUCAGCAGAUAUUUACUCAUUUGGAAUAAUGACGAAUGAGUAUUUUUCUGAAGAAAUUCCUUUUAAUGAUACUCCUCAUGAUGAAUAUUUAGCAGUUCAAAUAUGUAAAGGUUUAAGACCAAAAAUUUUUGAAGGUACUCCAAGAUUUUUUGCAGAUUUAAUUAUGAAAUGUUGGGAUGCUAAAGUAGAAAAUAGACCAACUGCUAAAGAAUUA